AUGAUUAUAUCAACAUGGAAUAUCAGGGGGCUCAACCAACCCCUGAAGCAAAAGGAGCUGAAGCUCUUUUUGCAAAAGAAUAAGAUUGAACUGUUUGGUUGUUUAGAAACAAGGGUAAGAGAGAAUAAAGCUCAGAACAUACUGAGCAAAGUUAGUAGUGGAUGGAGUACUAUGUGCAACUAUCCAAUGGCCCCAAAUGGUAGGAUUUGGCUCUUUUGGAAGCCUUACCUACAGGUCCAGGUACUGCAGGUCCAAGAACAAUUCAUCCAUUGCAAAGUGGACAAUAUGACAGAUGCUUUCUCUGCAUUUGUAACUAUUGUGUAUGCAAAGAAUGAGGCUCAAGAAAGACUAAGUCUGUGGAGUGACUUAACUCAGCUAGGAAAUAACAUUACUGGAGCUUGGUUGUUGUCUGGUGAUUUCAAUACUUUGCUCUUUACAGAGGAUAGGAUGGGCUCCCCUGUGACUGAUGGUGAGACAAAAGACUUCAGAGAUUGUAUGGAUACCUUGCAGUUAACAGCCUUAAAGGCAAAAGGAUGGCAUUUCACCUUUUGUAACAAACAGCAACAAGGGGACAGGGUGUACUCUAAAAUUUAUUGGGCAUUGGGGAAUUUGAUGUGGUUGCAAUCAUAUGGGCACGUGGAGGCAGAUUUUCUCAAUCCUGGGGCUUCAGAUCAUUCUCCCAUAUACAUUGAGUUUAAAACCCAUUGCAAUGGCACUAGAUUGUUUCAGCUAUGGCAUAAGCUAAAGGAUUUGAAAAUUGCAUUGAGGGACCUGAACACUCAUAUGGCUUCUUAUAGCCAGAAAUCGCAACAGUCUCGACGAAGUUUAGAUGUGAUACAAUCUCAAUUGGCAAACUUACCAAUGCAGCAAGCUUUGAUAGAUAAAGAGAAGAAGCUCUCAGGGGACAUACAGAAGUGGAGUUAUAUUGAGGAGAAGUGGAAGAUUAGGUCUAGUAGGAACUCUAUAACUUCCAUCUAUGACACUACAGGGAAUAAGCUCACAGAUCCAAAACUCGUUGAAGCUGAGUUUAUCUCCUUUUUCUCUAACCUUAUGGCGUCAAUGGCUGAGGAGUUGCCAUGUCCAAACUCAGAAAUUAUCAAAAGAGGGCCAUGCUUAUCACAUCAGCAGAAAUGUACACUAAUUCAGACUGUCACAGAGAUGGAAAUCUUCAAUGCUGUGAGGGACAUGCCUAGUGACAAAGCCCCAGGUGUUGAUGGUUAUCCAGUGGAGUUCUUUACUCAGAAUUGGGACCUGGUCAAACAUGAUGUGGUGCAGGCGGUGAAGGAAUUUUUCCUCUCUGAAUGGAUCAUGGAAUGCAUCUCCAAAGUCUCAUACUCUCUUGUCAUACAUGGGGGUCUUACAAAACCUUUCCAGGGGAAAAGGGGAAUAAGGCAAGGGGAUCCGAUGUCCCCUUACCUUUUUGUUAUUGCAAUGGAAUACCUCCAGAGAGAGUUAAAUGUGCUAGCUGAUAACAAGCAGUUUCAAUUCCAUCCUAGGUGUAAAAAGCUAAAAGUUAUGCAUAUUUGUUUUGCGAAUGAUCUGUUAAUGUUUUGCAAAGCUGAGUUAAACUCAAUUAAACUUCUACAAGAAGCCUUCUUAAGAUUCUCAGUUGUCUCUGGGCUUCAAGCCAACACUGAAAAAAGCUCAAUAUACAUGUCUGGGGUCAAUGAUCAGUUAAAGCAGGAGAUAUUGACUCAUCUUGGAUACUGUGAAGGAACUCUACCAUUCAAGUACUUAGGAGUCCCUUUAUCAUCGAAGAAGUUAACAAUGGCUGAAUGUAUGCCCCUUGUGGAGAAAAUUACAGAUAGAGUGAAGUGCUAG